AUGAUUGAGUCAAUUGCUGAAAUUGCUGAAUAUGCCCAACUUGCUCAACAAUGCUACAAUAUACCCAACGAAGACACACACAAAUUGCCAAAAAAUUGGGAGGUUAUCUUUGCUCCUGAAAACCAAGGAUCCUGGGACACUUUUUAUGCUUUAUAUGUUAAUCCCGUUAAAAUGGAGGUUGUAUUGGGUAUUCGUGGUACAGAUAAAUUAUUUAAUAUUUUGGCAGAUACUGGCCUUUUUGUAGCAGCAUUGACGAAUAAACCUGUAAUAGUUCCUGAUACACCUCAAGUAGAAUAUUUAGCAAAAUAUAUUCAUCACUAUAAUUUGAAUUCAAGUGCUGAGGAAUUGCAUCAAUUAGGUCAAAGUAUAAGGAAAUUUGACCAAGAAGUUGGCUCAUCCAUGAAAAAUUGGGUUUUGGCAUUGCUUUAUAUUGCGGCGAUUAGUACGGGGUUGUAUGCCAGUUCCGCAUUGGCAGAUGCUUCCAUAGUAUUAAAAAUCAUCGCAAGCGGUACAAUAAUUGGUUUGGGUACUUCUGCUUUAAUGAAAUUAAAAGAGGAGACACAUCGUAAAUUAAUCGAAAGAUUAAGCAGUGAAAAGUGUCUGAAGAUCGGUGUAGAGUGCAUCACCUUCGAAAGUCCCGGGGCAUUGGAAAUAUUGGAUCAACUGGCACAAUAUCGAAAUAAACCACGUGAUAUAAUCAACUAUUUGUGCGCUCCUAAUAUCAUUAAUACGCUAAAUCAUCAUCCUGGUAUAACUUAUAGAAUAAAAUUGCCACAUACGGAUGGCUCCCUGUCUUUAUUACACGGUGCGAAUUGUGUUUUACAGACUGCUUCUAUAGCCCUUAGCUUUGGCAGUUUAGGAAUAUUUAGCAUAGGAAAAGGCUUAAUUAUAAAAGGCUCUGCAGAAAUUGCAAAAGUUGCUGGUUUAAGUGCUGUAGGUACGGUAGUUGCUGGAGGCAUUGCAGGGAUCUGGUGUAAUAUCAAUUGGGUAAAAAGACAACACAAUAUAGAUAAUAUCGUAACCUAUUUACAAAGUAAUGAUCCUCAGCUAGUUAAGAUUGACUCUUGGCCUCAUGUUUAUUGGAAGGAUUUCGCUAACCAGUGUUGGGAAUUUGCCAGGGAUUUUGUACCUCUGCAAAAAGAUAAGCCUGGAAUCAGAAAUUUUAUAGAUGAAGAGGGUAUGAGGGAAGCACAAAUAAAACGCAUACCAGGAUAUCGAGAAAUAUUGGCCUAA